AUGAACCACGACCGAGAACUUUGGGGCGACGACGUUUAUGAGUUCAAGCCAGAGAGGUUCAAGGAUGACUCAUUGUAUGGUGGAUGCAAGCACAAGAUGGGGUUUUUGCCUUUUGGGUUUGGAGGGAGAAUGUGUGUGGGAAGAAACUUGAGCAUGUUGGAGUACAAGAUUGUUUUAACUCUUAUUGUCACUAGGGCACCCCAGAACAAAAAAAAAUGUAGGGCAGCCCCAGAACAACCUUCUGAGCUUAUUAAUGGCGGAGAACCAGGUGGGUGGGUUGUCGGAUAA